ACAAUAUAUGGAUUUUAAAGAGAAAACAAAGCCCUCGGCGCAACAAGAGGCGUGUUGCUGUCUUGACUAAGCAUCGGAAUGGUAGCGGUACCGUUUUAGCCCGUCAGCGUUGCUUUAAUGCCGGGUCGGAGGCGUUCCGUUUCUGUUAGGGACUCUGUUUUUCUCCUCCGUCUCCCGGGCCUGGCUGCAGCUGCCUACACUGUAGCAGCGGGGAGCUACUUUCGGUUGUAGGAUGGAUCCAGACAGUGGGGCAGAAACACAAAAAGCUGUCAGUUUGCAGUGGAAGAGCUACAAACUCGUCCAGGACCCAGCCAUCAGGCGGGUCACACAGAAAAUCUAUAGAUAUGAUGGAGUGCAUUUCAGUGUGCCAGACUCUGGAUUUCCUCCUGUGGGUGAACUGCGCGAUCCUCGACCCCGGAGACUGUGGUCCAGGUAUACAGAAUUGUCCCUGCCGGUGCCGAAGUUUAAGCUUGAUGAGUUUUAUGUGGGUCCCAUUCCCCUCAAAGAGGUGACCUUUGCUCGACUCAAUGACAACAUCAAGGAGCCCUUCUUGGCAGAAAUGUGCGCCAAGUUCGGUGAGGUGGAGGAGAUGGAGAUCCUGUUUCACCCCAAGACCAGGAAGCAUUUGGGCCUGGCCAGAGUGCUGUUCACCAGCACCAGAGGAGCGAAGGACACAGUCAAGCAUCUGCACAACACCUCUGUCAUGGGUAACAUCAUUCAUGCACAGCUGGACAUAAAAGGUCAACAAAGGCAGAAGUAUUACGACCUGAUAGUAAACGGGUCCUACACUCCUCAGACGGUGCCGCUGGGAGGCAAAGCUCUGACAGAAAGGCUCCCGCCUCAGGCCUCAACGCAGCCACAGCCACAGCCACAACCUGACACGUCAUCGGAAAUCAGGCGGAGGCUUUCCAGUGAGCUUGCGGUUUUGGCAGCAGGGGUCCAGGCCCUCACAUCGGGAAGCAUCACCCCUUGUUCUGCAGAUACUGGCUACAGCGAUCAGCGGCUGGACACGCCCCCCUCCUCCAUGGCAGGCCCCUUUACCCCAAGCUCCUCUGCUUCUUCUCAGGGUGGUGGAGGGACACCUUACAGCUCCAGAUCGGGAACUCCUUUCUCACAAGACUCUGGUUACACUGGCAGCAGGCAUACUGGCUACAACACUGGCACUUUGGGCAGCGGCUACCCUCCCCAGGACAUGUUACCUUCCUCGUCUUCAUCUUCUGCAGUCUCAUCCACUGUCGGAGGAUACAAAGUGUCUCGUUACUCUGACGAUGCACAGGAACCUUCAGUGUACCACCGAGGUCGCCCUAUGUACCCCCCGACCGCAUCAUACCGUCCCAAUGAGCCGCCCUGCUACCCCCCUUACCCCAACGUUGGAGGACCUGGGCCACACAUGGUGCACCACUCCUCAAUGCCUCCACCUCCCCUCGCCAACCAAUACGACCAGCUCCCAAUGUCGGACAGGGACAGGGACCGUGACAGAGACUCAGGGGGGCGGUAUGGGCCGGGGGCUAUCGGUUCCAGGAGGUCAAGUUACCAUCACCAGCAGGACACAAACUCUUCCUCAAAGUACCAUUCACAUCACUCCCACCACCACUCAGAGCGCAGGGAUGAAAGGGGCUACCGGCGAGACAGCCUGGGCUCCCGGUCAGGUGACCACAGCCACCAGAGACACCGCAACCACCACCAUUCUCACAACCACCAUGGCAGCAGCAGCCGUAGGAGAGGCAGCCAUGACCGGGACAGGGACCGAGACAGAGAUCGAGACAGGGACAGGGACAGAGACAGAGACGGGGACUUUUCUAACAGCUCCGACCCCAGAUACAAUUCCAACUCCCACCGCUCUUCUUCUAACAGCAUGUCUCCUCCCCCAUCAUCUUACUCCGCAUACUCCUCCUCCAAAGAGCCUGCCCCAGCCCCUCCUCAGGGAUUGGAUGCUUCUACCCGUCAAGCGGGCACGAGCCUGGCAGAGAGAGGCCCUCUGCCGUCGGCGGGUGCUGACAAAGACUACCACGCUGGUCACCACAGUGCUCUGCCUCCACCGCCUCCACCGCCUCCUCCACUCCCGCCGGCCUCUGUCAUUGCGGCGGCUGUAGCUGAGACGCUCGGCACGCUGGACUUCAACCAGGACAGUCCGGUGCGUGACGAGCAGUGGACAAAGCCAAAACGCCGUCCCAGCACCCCGCCAGCCCCACCCAAGACGCCACCACCUUCUUCUCCGCCCCACCCUUCCAUUGCAUCCUCCUCGAACUCCCCUUCCUCUACCUCCCUUCCCCACCAUCUUCCUUCCUCCUCCAGCUCCCCGCCACCCCCUCAACGAGACUCUUCGUCCCCAGAGCCCGAUUCCACCAAUGAGAGUUUACCGUUUGUCUACCACAGCAGCAGCCUCGACUCUCGUAUCGAGAUGCUGCUAAAGGAACAAAAGGCUAAGUUUUCUUUUCUUGCGUCUGAUGAGGAGGAUGAGGAAGACAGGAAAGAGGAGAAGCAAAGGGGCAAAAGUGGGGACGGAGCAGAGCGAAGAGGUGGUUCAGGUGAUGUAACGGGGGAGCAGGUGGGAGACAAUGGGGAGAAGGACUUUAGAAGGAAAGGAGAAAGAGACAGAGACGGCCACAGAGGAAGGAAGCGGGGAAAAGGAGGAGAAGGUAGGAAGAGUCCCACUGUACUUACAGCAGCUACACCACCUUCCUCCACCUAUUCUCCGCACAUCCUACCCCCUGAAGAACCCCAGGCCCAGGUUGUUCUCUCUGGGAUUGGAGCUUUGCAGGAAGAGUCUGCCCAGGUCGGAUCUGCUGAUGCACGGAGCAGGACAGGAGCACACACACCACCUUAUAACGGACAGAGUCAGGCCUCCCCUCAUUCCUCAGGGGAAGACAUGGAGAUCUCAGAUGAGGAGGAGGAGACGACUACCAUAACAACAGUGACCACCCACCAGCCAUCCAUCACCUCAGGAUCCUCGCCAUCCUCAUCUCAGGCUGCCAUGCCUUCGCAAACAACGGACCCUUCGUCCUCACCCCCGCCCAUCUCUGACUCAGCACAGCACUUUGGCACUUCCAUGCACCCUCCCAUACCCUCCUACCCUCCUCAUUUGCCUCCUCCACCUCCCCCUGGUUAUUCCCUCCAGCCUCCACCACCGCCAGGGAUCCCUCCCCUCCCCCACAUGGAGCUGCACCCUGAAUAUCCUCCUCCUAUGCCCCACCACAUGUAUGAUUACGCCACAUCCAUGGAGCUGAUGAACCAGUACAGCGGUGGAGCGCCCAUGUCCUUCCAAAUGCAGACCCACAUGCUAAGUCGCCUACACCAGCUGCGCAUGGCAUCAUCCAACGGCACCCCGGGCCCCGGCGAGGCAGCUACUGCAGACUACACCUCCUACCAUCUCCACUCUAUGCCGCCACCUCACUCACACCACCCCUACAUGGACCAAGAGGGUAGCGGUGCAGGUGCUCACUAUGACCAAGACCACCGCUACAUGCCCCCGCACAUGCCCUAUCCCUACGCCGACCCCCACAGCACUCAAAUACCACCACCUCCACACCACAGCAUCCCACCCCCCCACACCGGCUGGCCGCCACACGUCUUACCUCCGCACUACGCCUCCUAUAUGCCCCCGCCCGGCUACGGCACCAUGCUGCCUGGGGAAGGAGAUGAGUACAGGGCCCCAGGAGAGGAGAUGCCCAUGCUGGCUGAGAAUCCGCAUGAGGCCACGGUGCAGAUGGUCCUGGCCACUCUGAUACAGGAAAUGAAAAACAUCAUGCAGAGGGACCUGAACCGCAAGAUGGUGGAAAACGUAGCUUUUGCCACCUUUGACGAAUGGUGGGAGAGGAAAGAGACCAAGGCCAAGCCUUUCCAGACAAUGGUUAGGGGGAUGUCUGCCUUACGGGACGAUGAAAAAAAAGAGGAAAAGGUCAACCGUCCACGGGAGCCUCACAUGUCUCUUGUGGAUUGGGCAAAAAGCGGUGGCAUGGAGGGUUUUUCUCUCCGUGGGACACUACGACUGCCUUCCUUCAAGGUCAAAAGGAAAGAACCUCUGGAGCUUGAAGAGGGAGACAUGAAGAGGCCGCGACCCUCUACGCCGCCAGAUGAAGAUGAAGAAGCUGCUGAUGGGAGAAUGCCAGAGGCAGACAGGCACGGAGCUGAAAGGGACAACAAGAGGAGGAAAAAGAAGCCAAGAAGUCGUAAACCUUGGGAGCUCGACAGUGAGGGGGAGGAAACAUCUGAUGGCUCGUCAACUGAAAAGGAGGAUGAAGAAGACGAGGAAAGUGAAAAGGAGUCUGAUGAUGAUGCCCUUAGUGCUGACAGUGAUGAUGAGAGCCUCUCCUCAUCCUCUGAAGGCUCUUCCUCUUCAGCCUCCUCAUCUUCGUCUUCUUCUGAGGAUGAGGAUGAAGAGGAAGGAGAGCGGGCUGAGAGUGAAGGGCCGGACACCAUGGAUGAGUCAACCAUGGACAGCACAAUUGAGAAAGAGGAUGACAGGGAAAACAACGCAGCCACGACCGUUUCAAAGGCAGAGAUCAGAACAGGUGGUUCAAAAGACAGCAAGGCAGAUACAACCGCAGCACCGGCCAAGCACCCGACAUCACCACCGUACCCACGCCCUUCGUCCCCAAUUGUUCUUGUGCCACCUCUCAAGAAACGCCGGAAGACUGUCUCAUUCUCCACAGACGAGAACGACAGCAAAACGCAACUGCCAACCGCACCACAAUCCCCACCUUCGUCACAAGCGGCGGGAGAAUCUGCCCUCCUCUCUGGCAAGCUUCCAGACUCUCCCAUCGCUGCUGCCCCCUCAUCUCGUCCCAGUCAUGGUAUCCAGCUGCUCCCCUUUGCCUCCAAACCAGGUGAAGGCAACGCCCUCAUUGUUCCCCCCUCUGGUCGGACCCAAGACUCUGAGGAGUCCCGAAAGGGACCCCCUGUUUCUCCCCAGACCACCCCUGUCAAAUCCCCUGGCAAACGAGGUGCAGGCAAAGACUCUCCCAAAUCUGCUGCCCCUCCUGUCAUGGUUUGCCGCACAGUGCAGAACCUGCCACUGGAUCACGCCUCGAUGUGCAGGAUGGCCUUCGAGGAGGCCCCACCUCUACCUUCAGGCAACAAACGGUCCAGAGGCAGACCUCGCACACCCAGCAUGUCUGCUUCUUCCUGUCACUCCCUCAGAGAGGAAGACGAGGAUGAGGAGGAAAGUGAGCAGAGGCUGAGGCUCAGGGAGCAGCUGGGCGCCUCUAGCCUCCUGCAGCUGGCCUCUGCCUCAACCACUGACCUGUCUGUGUUGGCCGACAUCGCCUUGAAAAUGGACCCUGAUGCUGGGGACUCUGAGGAGACAGAGACAUCUGAUGAAGCAGAGGAGCAGAAGAUGGAGGAGGAUCUCUUCUCGCCGGAGUCGCUGGCUCUAGUUAUGAGCCCAGGGGGUGUAAUUGUCCUCAUGGAGCACAACUACUGCAAACCCCCUGUUCUCUCAGCACCACCUGCUACCAAAAGGACUUCCUCCAGACAAGAUUCUUCUGUCUUGCUCCCAGCAGACCUCAACGCAAUUUCUGGGGUCCUUGAAGCGCCAGAGGAAGUCAUUGGAGAGGCGCUACCGUCCAGGGGAGACACAGGAGAAUACUUGUCUGCAGUGGGAGUGCUUUGUGAUUCUGAGGAUAUGGGCCAGGUUGCAGCUGUAUCUCCAUCGUCAAAGAAGAAGAAGAACCUGGUUGGCAAAGGUUUGGAACUUGAACAGGAUAAGAGCAAAAAGAGGAGGAGGAAAGACAAAGAAAACCUCGAGGUUCAUCACGCAAAAAAACAGAAGGAGCAGCCAGGAAAGAAGCAGAGGAAGCGGAAACUGGAGGACUCGGACUUUGAGGAAGAUGUGGACGUGGAGGAGCUUGAGUCGGGGGAACUGUCCAGCUCAGACACCGAGGACGAGGUGGUUGAAGAGGUGAGGAAGAGCGAGCGUCUCUUUCUGCAGGAGGCGGGGGUGACGUCGUCGCAGCGCUGGCCGAAACCCGUCCCGGCACCCGAGCCACCAGCCCUGAAGUUUGACAACCGCAGUGAGUUUGAGCAGAUGACCAUCCUGUACGACAUCUGGAACUCUGGACUGGACGGCGAAGACCUGAUGCUGCUGAAGAAGACCUACGAGAAGCUGCUGCAAGACGACCACGGCUCCGACUGGCUCAACGACACUCACUGGGUCAACCAUACGAUAACCAAUCUGCCGAACCCUCGGCGUAAAAAGAAGAGUGCGGAUGGACAGCUGCGCGAGCAUGUGACCGGUUGUGCCAGGAGUGAGGGCUACUACGCCAUCAGCCGCAAGGAGAAAGACGUCUACCUGGACCUGGACCUGCCCGAGCAGGUCAUCCGGGAGGUGGAGAACGUCGACACCUCGGGAGCCAAUCGAGUGCUAUCAGAGCGACGUUCGGAGCAGCGCCGCCUCCUCACCGUCAUCGGCACCACGGCUGUCAUGGACUCUGACCUGCUCAAACUCAACCAGCUUAAGUUCCGCAAGAAGAAGCUUCGUUUUGGGCGCAGCAGGAUCCACGAGUGGGGCCUGUUCGCCAUGGAGCCCAUUGCUGCUGAUGAGAUGGUCAUUGAGUACGUGGGUCAAAACAUCAGACAGAUGGUGGCUGACAAUCGAGAGAAGCGCUACACGCAGCAGGGCAUCGGGAGCAGCUACCUGUUCAGAGUGGACCACGACACGAUCAUAGAUGCCACCAAGUGUGGAAACCUGGCACGAUUCAUCAACCACUGCUGCACUCCAAACUGCUAUGCCAAGGUUAUCACAAUAGAGUCCCAGAAGAAGAUUGUGAUCUACUCGAAGCAGGCCAUCGCCGUCAAUGAAGAGAUCACCUACGACUACAAAUUCCCCCUGGAGGAGAACAAGAUCCCUUGCCUGUGCGGAACGGAGAACUGCCGUGGAACUCUCAACUAGUGAACGCUCUUCUCUCCAUCAUUUGCCAACAGCCAGCCAGAUCCGGACACCCGCCACCUUCCGAUUCGCCUUCCUCAGAGUGUAACUCAAAGCAAAGCCACUCCCCAACACCCCCUGCUUCUCCUCCGGAAAGCCUCACAGUCAUUCUCACGUUACUUUGGAAACACAGACGCACACACUUGCACUUUUCACGCACACUUUUCAUUCUCUCUGUGUUUCCACACGCUGGUGUUUGGUGGGUUUGUGUAAUGUGGCUCGUGAAUAUUGAAGGAGGAGGCCGGCAGUGUCGUUGGACUUUGUGUCAGAGCAGGUUGUUCCUUUUAGCCCAGGCGUGAAAUGCGUCUCUGUUUCAACGCCAACAUCCAUUUAGAGGAAGACGGCGACACCUAAAAACAAAACAAACAAAAAAAAUCCACCGGUGUCUUGUGUCUUGGUCAGCUCACAGCCCGGGAUCACUCCUCCAGUGUCAAACCCCACCCCCCCCCCCGUACAGAUCCGCACACAGACGCACAGGAAUACCAGACCAAUUCAGGGUUUUUAAAAGCGCUCGUUACGGGCGCACUUUUAAGAUGACAAACUUCAGUCAAUUUGGUCUUCGGUUAUGCAAGAUUUCCAAGUGUGAAGGUUGUUUUGGAGCUUUUUUUUUUUUUUUUUUUUUUUUCAAUUUCAUUUCAUAGUAUUAUAUAAUGAUAUUACUAUUGCUGUUAUUAAUGGUAUUGUUACUUAGUUGCAUUAGCUGUAAGUAUCUUACAGUGAAAUGAGCUUCAGUGUACCCACCCACUGUCCUCAGUGGCUUUGUGAUUCACCAGCCCUAUAAAACUGUCGUCUCCUCCGCUGUCCGUUGCUCUCCUGAUUUGCCCCAAGCUUCCGUCUGGAUGAGUGAAGAUUUUUUAACUCCCCCGUGAAAAUAUAUGUCAGUUAAGUUCCAGCUAGAAGCUUACUUCUUUUUUCUUUACAUCAGAAAAACAUAGAACUGGCUCACGUCCUUUUUUUUUAAAAAUUUUCUCCCCAGGUCAUGGACACUGAUGUACUUGCUUUUAACGCCUUUGCGUGCUCAUCGUGGCCCCCUUGCACAUUCUAAGAAAUUUGUGCUAAGUAUCUGUGAAAUUCUGUUCAGCACAGUAUCAGAAAGUCGUGUCAGCAGCUGUUUUUGAAUCGCAGCAGCUUUGGAAACUCUCCAUUUCUCCUGCCGUAGUUUCGACAUCAGCAGUACUGUAACCCACUAAAGCUUAACUAUGUUGACAAGGAAGAUAUUCUGUCUGCAGAUGGGUGUGAUUCCACCAGAAUCUCUCCUCUUGUGAGUGUACUUUUUAAUUCUGUACACAGGACGUUGGUUUUAUGUGCACAUUGGUCAAAGGCAUUUGGAUCAGUGACCAAAGUCAACAAAAGGUCUUUUUUUAUCGAGCGUUUGCUUGGUGGGAUGCCAGUCUGUAGAGGAGUUGUUUUUUUUUAUCCACAUAUUUUGUCUCGACAGGCAGCGUUUUAUUUCAGCAAUUGGCAAAAGCAUUUUCUGCGAUUCUUUUGCAUAUAUCCCCUCGUGGAUGUAUUUUUGAAGUUCUUACGCGAGUCUGUGAGCACUGAUGCCGACUCUGCAGCUGUGGUCCACACAUGACCAAGUCAUCACAUGGUGUUUGUUUGUUUACUUGUUCCUUUAACGCUUAGUCACUCUGUGUGUUUUUAAAAAGCACAUUUGUUUGAUUUGGUCUCGUAAUAGGAUUAGUUUUGCCGUUUUCCUCUGUGUUGCAGCCCUUUCCAGAACGCAUUAUUUUAUUUGGGAGUGUGUCGUUCACCCCGAUCAAACGUCCCUCCUUGGAAAAGUCAUCUUGAGGCAAACAAAUGUCCGAUUUACAGUGUUUGCGGUGUAGAUGGUGGAAGGAGUGUGUUUGCGUGGCUGGCAGAUGAGCCUCAGACAAGUCUUCGUGUCGUCCCCGUUUUUCUUCUGGCCGCGGCCGUCCCAAGUUUGACUUUGACGUUGAACUUUUAACUAGACUCCUUUUUAUUUUCUUUGUUCCCUCCCAAACACAAAAUGUGUAAGAUAUUUCUUGUUGCAAUGAAAGCCUUUCAGUACAAACCAACCCUCUUUACUACAGGACAAAAAGAUGAAAGGAAAAAAAAAAAUCAAAGAAGUACAUGUAAAUAUUGUAGAGGUGUUUGUUUCUCGUAGAAACACACUGAUUCCAAGCUGUAAAUAUGUCGUUCCUUUUCCUCUCUCCAUGAGGAGGAAACAUGUACAUACCUUCCAUUCAUUUAUUUUUUAUUGUUUUUUCCUUUUAAUUUGAUGAUUAUUUUAAUAUUAUUUGCAAUAUUUCUCUUGUAUUAAUGCGUUGGACCCUUUAUUAAUGGUGCAUUAAAAUAUUUUUUAAAUAAAUGAAAA